AUGGUGGCAAAGAAGAAAGUGCCUAGAAGAGUGCUCAAGGGUCAAAAGACUUUGGGGAAACUGGUAAUGGAGAAAUUAGGAGGUGUGAAGGGUGGUGAAAUGGUUAAUUUCGGUUGUUUGGGUGAGAGAAUUCAAAUGGGUGCAGUAAGAGUACUGUCUAUGUUAUUAGUUGUUGCUGAAUAUUCACAAUUGUACGUGUUUCGGAACGCAUGUUUUGGGCUGGAUGAUAAGCAGAUUGCAGAUUUUAGGAAUUCUGUAAAUAGCAUUCUUUGUGAGCAAUCACUAUGGAAUGAAGAUCUCAUUGUUGCUACUCUCAAACUGCUGACAUAUGCAGCACGCUGUCAGCCUGCUUUUCUUGCUGCUGUAACUGGUUUCAAAGAGAAUGUAAAUGUCCAAUUAAGCGGGGAUGAUGGUGCCAAGCGUCCAGAUGGAGGUGCUAUUGGGUCUCUGGGUUCUAAAGAAGCAAAUCUGUUAGAUACAAUUCUGCAAUAUGUUGGAAGAUCUGAACAUCUUAUCAAGAGGUACACUACUUCUAUUCCCUACUUUCUGUUUUCUUGUGAGUUUGAUUUUGUUUGGAAUGCCUCUUUUGUUUUCUAUAUGAAGGGUGACACAUUUUGA